CACCACAACACACACACACACACACACACACACACAUCUGCGUCCGUCCACAAAGGCACCCAACCAGAGCCAUGUCUACGAAUAAACACACGACUUUCACGGAGGCGAUUUUUCCCCCUUUUUCCAUCUGUGCCCCGUCGUAGCGCGUCUCGAGGUUGGAACGAAAUGUCCUGGAUGUAUUUUCUCCGGAGAGUGUGAAAGUGGAGGGAAGCGCAGUUAGCUGGAGCCAUGUGGAGGGCGGACACAUCCCUUGGUGGGAGCACCGCGGACGAAACACGACAUUGAGAGGGGGACAAUAUUUGCAUCUUUCUUUUGGAGAAAAAGAUCCGUCAAUGAGGAAACAAAGAGAGGGGAGAUGGUAGAGAAUGGCCGCACCUGACCUUCUUGACCCAAAGUCUGCUGCCCACAACUCCAAACCUCGCCUGUCCUUCUCGGCCAUACCAGCUGUUCUGAACACUCCAGAUGAUGACGAGUGCGACACCCGGACUACCGUCAUGAGGUGGAAAACUGUGUCAGCCAUCUUCUUCCUGGUGGUGCUUUACCUCAUUAUCGGGGCAACAGUAUUCAAAGCUCUGGAGCAACCUGAUGAGACAGAGCAGAAGAAUGCCAUUCUUCGGAAAAAAAUCGAUUUCCUGAUCAUGCACUCCUGCGUGAACUCUUCUGAGCUGGAGGAUUUGGUCAAGCAAGUGGUUUCAGCAGUCCGAGCCGGUGUAAACCCAUCAGGAAGUGUAUCCAACCAGACGAGCCUCUGGGACAUCAGCUCCUCUUUCUUCUUUGCCGGGACUGUCAUCACAACCAUCGGGUUUGGGAACAUUUCUCCUCACACAGAAGGAGGGCGGAUCUUCUGCAUCAUCUACGCUCUUCUAGGGAUUCCCCUGUUUGGAUUCUUAUUGGCCGGCGUCGGGGACCAGCUGGGGACCAUUUUUGGGAAAGGCAUCGCUAAAGUAGAGAAGAUGAUUGUGAAGUGGAAAGUCAGCCAGACGAAGAUCCGCGUCUUCUCCACGCUGCUCUUCAUCCUGUUCGGGUGCCUCAUCUUCGUGGCCCUACCUGCCGUCAUCUUCCAGCACAUCGAGGGCUGGAGCACGCUGGAGUCAAUCUACUUCGUGGUCAUCACUCUCACCACCAUCGGCUUUGGAGACUUUGUCGCUGGUGAAAAAGCUGGGUCAGAGAGUCAGGACUACCUGGACUACUACAAGCCUGUGGUGUGGUUCUGGAUCCUCGUGGGCCUGGCGUACUUUGCUGCUGUGCUCAGUAUGAUCGGAGACUGGUUCAGGGUCAUCUCAAAGAAGACAAAAGAGGAGGUUGGAGAGUUUCGAGCUCACGCGGCUGAGUGGACAGCAAACGUCUCCGCUGAGUUUAAAGAGACCCGGCGGCGACUCAGCGUUGACAUCUAUGACAAGUUCCAGCGUGCCGCAUCCAUCAAGCGCAAGCUGUCGUCCGAGCUGGGCAUUAACGCAUCCAUCAAUCAAGAAAUGACCCCUGGCAAGAGGGCGCUGUCGGCCAACCUGUACGAGGACAGAGAAGCUUACACCAGCCUGACUCUCUCUCUCAGUCCCAUCACUGGGGGGCUGGCCAGGAACGGCAGCCUUUACCUGAACGGUCUCAGCCCUGACUACGCUGACCGGCGGGAAGUUGUAGUCAUCGAAAACCUAAAAUGAGCAUCAGCAUUAAAGAGAGACUUACUCAUCUGACUGGAGCAAUCUGAUAGCAGACAGAGAUCACCAUCACACAAACACUUUUGUGCUUUUAUAAGGUGCAUCAGUGUUAAGGAGGCCUUGCGCAGCCAUGAAGAGGAUUCUGUCAAAUUAUUGAAAACCUUGAGUGACUAAUACACAAAUCAAUAGUCAAACUCCAAUUCCACAGGGGUGUCUAGGACUACCUUCAAAACCUCCGGUGUUUGACGGCCCCCUAGUUCCAGUCAUACUGUAAAGGAGUCUGACUUCUUUACAUAAUUUCAGCACCAACACAAUCUACAGCUUUGCUCACGAUUGGACCAAAUCAGAAGCCUGCUGCAGACUGAAACAUGAUUGUAUUGGAGGACUGUGUAAAAAAAGAAAACUCUUUUAAAAUAUAAAAGCCCAUAUUGAGCUUUCAACACAGCGAACGUCUUCUAAAAUGCUGACAGACAGUCCUGUGAACACAGAGAAAUAAAUGCAUUCAUAAAACCUAGAAAGCAAUAGAUGUGUCUGUGCUCAUCUCUUGAUGAAUCAGAGGUCAUGAAAUCUGCAUCAGAUAAAAGGAUCCUCUCGACUAAAAACACUCCCUAACCCUAACCAACAGUGAACACUUGUUCUGGUCCUGUGCAAACACAAAGGAAUGUGGCUCUUACUUUUCGUUUACACUUCUUCCAGUAUGAAUUGAUAUGCCUUGCAUCCGCCUGUCAGACUGUCCUCACUAAGAGAUGAAUGUUGACAUUUUUGUUCCUUCAUGAUUGACUUUUAGCUUUUCACCCUAAGGAAUAAUCCACUUGUGCCUUACUGGGAACCAUACUGAACAUGUGAGGAUGGUGAUGCAUGAAAGACUAGGAAACGCUUUGUCUGUCCACUCAUACGUUAUAUACGAGCACAGCACUAGUAAAGAUAUAUAUAAAUUAAUAAAUAGCAGGAGGCAUCUCUGAAAAACACAGAAAUUAAUGGAGGGAGCAUAUUUUUAAGUAGGGAGAGAGUGGAGAAAAUGUUUCUUGAGAUAACUUGGAAAAUGUCAUCUUUCUGUCUGCCAGUGAAUACAUUAAGUACCAGUUUUUAUGUGCUGAGAUUGCGACAUAAACCGCACAGUGCCAGGCUCCUCCAUUACACCCUAUUCUCCUCAUAUACCAAAGUGAUCUCUUUAUUCUGCCUGGGAAUCAGAAAGGUCCUCACUCUGAUCAAAGGAUCAGGAGAGCUGUUUGUUAUUUCUGAUUCUAAUUCUGUUGGUUUCUAAAAAUUGAACUCUACUUUCAUGUUUGGUCAUGGUGGUGGAAUAUAGAGCUUGGUGCACUAUGGCUGUCCUUUUCUAUCCAGUUUGAAAUAAAUGUUGGCAGGCAUAGUAAUGGUGUAAUGAAAAGCUUUUGGGAUGUAAAGCAUCAAGAACUG